AUGGCUGGUGUCUUCGAGUGUGACUACUGCGACGGGCGCCCGCGGAUCCAGGCUGCGCACCGGCGGGCGCAUUUGGCGUCGGCCGCGCACCGGACCAGCCGGGCGCGCUUCUUCGAGCGUCAAGUCGGCGUGGGCGCCGGGCGCCUGCGGGCCGCACACUGGCGGACCGCCGUGUCCGAUGCCUACCCAGCUGGCGGCUGGGUGCCAGCCGGCCGGGCGGAUCUGCCGCCGGCGCCCGUGCCGAGGGAGCCCUCGACUGGCCGGCGGCAGGCCCAGCGCCGAGCCCGGCGUGCGCGGCGCGGCCCGGCCCCGGCCCCGGCCCGGCCCGACGAGGCCCACAUGCCAGGUGGCCGGGGUGCGGGAGGGGCGGCCGCUGGCGGCGGUGCGCCCGCCCCCGAGCACGCGAUCACCCGUCGGCAGACGGUCGCGCACCUGGCGAUGGCCGUGCGCGAGGGCCUGCUCGUGGCCCCGGGGCUGGGGCUGCAUGGCAGGGGGGAUGUUGGGCCGCCGGUGGCGGUGGCCGCCGCGAGGAUGGCCAGCCCGGGGGCGGCCCCCGGCCGCGGGUCCGCCACCACCGGGCCCGGAGAGGCGCGGUCCGAUGCCACCGGGCCCGAUGGCAGCACUGCCCGAAGCCAGGCCAUUCCGGUGGCCGAUGCCCCGGCUGUGCUCGCCGCCGGGCUGCUCUCGGUCCCGGGGGCCGGCGCGCGGGGGGGACGCCAGCGCGCCAGCUGGCCCCCGGGCGGCCCGGGGCGAGCAGACCCGCCGCCCGCCCGCCCGCCCGCCCGCCCGCCCCCGGGAUAG